AUGGAGCCGACGACCCCCGUCAAGCCCGCCGACAUCCUCGCGCGUCUGCCGGGAGCCUUUGAUGCGGCGCACAAGGCAGGCGACCUCAUUUUCUUUGACAGCAGCGUGCGGACAGUGCACGGCGAGUUUCCCUUUGAGGUGCGCACAGCACCUGCGCUCGGCGAGAAGAAGAAGGCUGCCGAGGCCCAGGAAGGACCGGAAGGCCCGGAGACAAAGCGGAAGCGCGUCGAUGCCCCCGAGCGCCCGUCGCCCUUCCGCCCGCCCUACGUUCCGGGACUUUACGUGGGCAGCGUGGCCGGCGUCGACGGCGAGGUGAACCAGAGUGUGCUGCUCAACAAGUUCGCCAUUCUGCCGCAGCACUUCCUCCUCUGUCCCGUUGAGGAGGAACCGCAGUCACUCCCGCCGACCCCAGGACAGCUGGCGCAGGCGUACGCCUUCCUCCUCGCGGCGAGCCGCGAGCGCCGCGAUCUCCUCGCAUUCUACAAUGGCGGACCGGGUGCUGGGGCGAGCCAGCGCUGGCGCCACAUCCAGUUCGUUGAGGCGCGCCCGCCCGUCGAGAGCUGGGUGCGGAGCAUGGUGUUUGAGAGGCCAGAUCGCGCAGUCAUCCACCCCACCCUGCCAUACCUGCAUAUCGUGCACCCACUCCCGCCCUCGCACAACCUUCCCUCGCCAAUGAGCGCCGACGACCUCGUCGAGCUCGCAGACCGCCUCGCGCCAGCCCUCAUGCGCUCCUUCGACCUUGCGUUCGACGCGCUGCGUCGCGCCGGCGGCGACCGCUCGCAGGGCUGGAACCUCCUCAUGACGCUCGAACACCUCCACCUCAUCCCGCGCUCGUCACCGACGUACGUCUCUGAGACGCUUGCGAUCGACAUCAACUCGCUUGGCUACGCGGGUAUGCUGCUGGUCAAGAGCGAGGCGGAAGAUGCGGCACUCGACAGCGUUGCGAAGGCUGAGGGCGGGCUCGUGGGCAUCAUUGCGCGCUGCGGCAUCCCGCGCGAGUUUGGCGAGCAGGCCCUCGAGGCCGACGCGACGCAGCACGGCGGCGCAGGCGCCGCAUUCGAUGGCCUGUGAGACUGCGCGCGGGCGAGGCUCAUCGCAGCGAGGCAAAAGCCGCCGCAAAGCCCAGAAUGUAGAUCGAGGCAUCGCUGUUGGUACUGCUGUGCGCCAAGCUAUCCACGACCAUGCAAGUCAUCUAUCUCCUGC